UGAAAUGUAUCUUGGCAUCUCUGCAGCAUCUGCUUUGAGUCAAGUUCCUUCUGCCCUGGCCUUGCGUCAACAGAUUUCAAAGCACUCAAUGCCUCGUAAAGUUGUUAAACUCCAUCGUCUUGAAGACCUCUUCUGUGAGACAAGUACUGAUAAAAGUAUGAAGCUACAAGUUUUGCAAGACAUAACAGAGAAUUUCUCGGUGGAUACGGUGAUUGGUAGUGGUGGAUUCGCAGUGGUUCACAAGGGAAAGCUUGAAGAUGGUUGUGUAGCUGUGAAGAAGUUCCACGAAGUACUAGAGUACAAAUCAUUUGAGCGUGAGGUUGACUGUCUGAUAAGGAUUAAGCACCAAAAUAUAGUACGAUGUAUCGGUUAUUAUGCUGGAGAACAAAAAAAGAUGGUGAUGAUGGACGGCAAGAAUCUUUUGGUAGGAGUUCGACACCAACUGAUUUGUUUCGAGUAUCUUCACAAUGGAAGCCUUCGCAGGAAUCUUGAUGACGACUAUCAUUGUUGGAGUCAGUGGAACAUGUGUUAUGAUACUAUCCGAGGAAUUUGUCUCGGUCUGCACCAUCUUCAUGAGCACAGGAUACUUCAUGGAGAUAUCAAACCAGAUAAUAUACUGCUUGGUGAUGACAUGACUCCAAAAAUUGCGGAUUUUGGUUUGUCAAGGCUGUUGGAGCAAGGAAAAAGCCGAAUUCUCAUUGAAAAAAAUAUGGAACACAGGGAUACACCGCACCAGAGUACACAAACAAUGGGGAAUUUACUAUCAAAUCAGACAUAUAUAGUUUGGGUGUUUUAA